AUGAGAGUGAUUGAGAGGGACUUUUUGAAUCACAUUUUAACAAAAUUGCAAAAACCAGGAAACCACAAUGAGAGCAAAGUUGUAUUUGUCCUUGAUGGUCUGGAUGAGUACGAGAACUGUAAGAGCUGGUGUGAUGUCACAGAGCCAACCUCAGUGGACGUGCUGCUGACAAACCUCAUCAAUGGGAAUCUGCUUCCACCUGCUCUCCUCUGGAUAACCUCCAGACCUGCAGCAACCAAUCACAUCCCUCCUGAGUGUGUUGACCAGGUGACAGAGGUACAAGGGUUCAAUGACCCACAGAAGGAGGAGUACUUCAGGAAGAGAUUCAGUGAUGAGGACCUGGCCAACAGAAUCAUCUCACACGUAAAGACAUCAAGGAGCCUCCACAUCAUGUGUCACAUUCCAGUCUUCUGCUGGAUCUUAGCUACAGUUCUGGAGCAUGUGUUGAGUACAGAUAGGAAUGAAGAGAUGCCCAAGACACUGACUCAAUUAUUUAUUGGGUUACUGGUAUUUCAGACCAAACAGAUGAAUGAGAAAUACCACAAGAAAGGUGAGAGAGAUCCACACAGGGAUAAAGAGAGCUUCAUGGCACUGGGGAAACUUGCUUUUAACCAGCUGGAAAAUGGCAACCUCAUUUUCUAUGAGGCAGACCUGAAAAAGUAUGGCAUUGAUGUCACUGAAGCCUCAGUGAACUCAGGAGUGUGUACACAGAUCUUUAGACAGGACUAUGGGCCGUUCCAAGACAAGGUGUACUGCUUUGUGCAUCUGAACGUUCAGGAGUUUCUGACUGCGUUAUAUGUUUUCCUCUCCUUCAACAACAACAAUGUAAACCCAAUGACCGAAGACCAAUCCUUCAUCAGAAAAAUUCGAGUGAAGUUGAAUCCUGCCAUCACCUUCCACACUAUUGCAGUGGAUAAAUCCUUACAGAGUGAGAAUGGACACCUGGACCUGUUCCUCCGUUUCCUUCUAGGCCUUUCACUAGACUCCAAUCAGACUCACUUACACGGCCUACUGACACAGACAAGAAUAACCAGAAGCAGCUCACUGAGCCAUGAGGAAACAAAAUGCUGUGAAGCCUUGGCCUCAGCUUUCAACUCAACCUCCUCAAACCUGAGAGAGCUGGACCCGAGUGACAACAACCUGCAAGAUUCAGGAGCGAAGCUGCUCUCUGCUGGACUGGGGAAUCCCCACUGUAAACUGGAGACUCUGAGGUCAAACCCCUCACACUUGAGAGAGCUGGAUCUGAGAAACAACAACCUGCAGGAUUCAGGAGUGAAGCUGCUCUCUGCUGGACUGGGGAAUCCCCACUGUAAACUGGAGACUCUGAGGCUGUCACGCUGUCUGAUCACAAAGAAAGGCUGUGCUUCUCUGGCCUCAGCUCUGAGCUCCAAUCCCUCCUACCUGAGAGAGCUGGACCUGAGCUACAAUAUCCCAGGAGACUCAGGAGUCAGACUGCUCUCUGCUGGACUGGAGGAUCCACACUGCAGACUGGAGAAACUCAAUGUUGACCACUGUGGAGAGUACUGGCUGCUGAAAAAAUAUGCCUGUGAUGUCACACUGGACCCGAACACAGCACACAGAAACCUCUCUCUGUCAGAGGGGAACAGGAAGGUGACAGGGGGGAGAGAGAACCAGCUGUAUCCUGAUCACCCAGAGAGAUUUAACUACUGGGACCAGGUGCUGUGUAGAGAGGGUCUGACUGGGCGCUGUUACUGGGAGGCAGAGAUGAGUGGGGGAGGGGAUGACAUAGGAAUGACGUACAGAGGAAUCAGCAGGACAGGAAGAGCUGAUGACAGUAGGCUUGGAUGCAAUGACAAGUCCUGGAGUCUGUGCUGCUCUGAUUACGGUCACACUGCCAGGCACAAUAAGGAGAGAACUGAGUUACCUGCCUCCUCGUCCAACAGAGUAGGAGUGUAUCUGGACUGGCCGGCCGGCACUCUGUCCUUCUACAGAGUCUCCUCUGACACACUGACCCACCUGAUCACAUUCACCUCCACGUUCACUGAGCCCCUCUAUCCAGGGUUUUGGGUUGAAAUAAACUCCUCAUUGUCCCUAUGUGAGGUAAAAACCUUUAGUUAGUAAAGGACGGUUCUUGUUGUUAUUGAUUGGUGUUUGUAAAUAAUGUUUAUUUAGUCAAAUUGUUGACAUUACAAUCCUGAUUCUGUUUGAACUCAAUAACACUGAAUGGAACUUUCCUGGUAAACGUUUGGUCAGAUAAAGACCAAUAAAACUGGUUGUUUUAAAAACA